AUGACUACUGGAUCACAACAACAACAAGUUUUAGCUCCACAACAAAAAGCUAUCUACCAAACCCAUUUCAAAGCAUUACCAUUAGUUGCUGGCGGUAAAGGUCAACACAUUGAUGUUGUUGAUCCAAAUACUGGUGAGCAAAGAACCAUUCUUGAUGGUUGUUCAGGUGCCGCCGUUUCUUCAAUUGGUCAUGGUGAUGAAGAAAUUAGACAAGCUAUGAAAGAUGCCGCUGAUGAUGUGGUUUACAAUUUCCCAAUUUUAAUGGCAAACAAACAAUCCGAAGCUUUAGCUCAAUAUUUAAUUGAUAUUUCUCCAGAAGGUGCUUUUGAAUCUGCAUUAAUCACUGGUUCAGGUUCAGAAUCUAUUGAAAACACUUUGAAAAUCAUUAGAAAAUACCAUCUUACUAAUGGUGAUACUAAAAGAGUUAAGUUUCUAUCAAGACAUCAAUCAUAUCAUGGUUUCACAAUUGGUGCAAUGUCUAUUGCUGAUAAUGCAAGAGUUCGUGAAUUUGAAGAUAUCUUAAUCCCAAGGGAAAUCUGUCCAAAAACAUCAGCUUGUUACCCAUAUAGACACCAAAAGAAAGGUGAAACUACAGAACAAUAUAAAGAUCGUUUAUUAGCUGAAUUAGAAGAAUCAUUUCAAAAAGAAGGCCCAGAAACUAUUGGUGCUUUCAUUGCUGAAACUGUUACAGGUUCAACUUUUGGUUGUAACCCACCAAUUCCAGGUUAUUUAGAUGGUGCUCGUGACAUUUGUCACAAACAUGGUGCUUUAUUCGUUUUAGAUGAAGUUAUGUGUGGUAUGGGUAGAUCUGGUACUGUUCAUGCUUGGGAACAAUUCUUAGAAGGUCCAGGUCCAGAUAUUCAAACCAUUGGUAAAACAUUAGGUGCUGGUUAUGUUACCGUUGCAGGUAUUUUAAUUUCACCACAAGUUAUGAAAUUAUUUAGAGACAACAAUGCUCCAAUUGCAGGUGCUCAAACUUAUCAUCAACAUUCUUUCAAUUCUCAAGUUGCCUUAGCUGUUCAAAAGAAGGUUAUUAGAGAUGGUUUAAUUGACAACAUUAGAAAAACUGGUAACUACUUGGGAGCUCAAUUUGCAGAAGUAUUAAAAGAUAACAAACACGUUGGUAACGUUCGUGGUGUUGGUGGUUUCUGGGCCAUUGAAUUUGUCAAAGAUAAAGCAACUAAAGAACCUUUCCCAGCUGAUGUUAAAUUUGCUCCACAAUUUGCUGCUAAAUUAUAUGAAAAUGGUGUUUUCGCUUUAUGUGCUGGUGGUACAGUUGAUAGUAAAGUUGGUGAUCAUGCUUUAUUCUCUCCAGCUUUCUCAUUAACCAAAGAAGAAGCUGAUGAAAUUGUUGCUGCUGUUAAAAAGACCUGUGACCAUUUGGAUUCAAUUUACUAA